CACGUAAACCAAGCAACGUGCAGCGAUGCGUCGCGAGGGCCGCCAGCACGGGUGGGUGUUCGCCGUCGACCGCAGCCUGGUCGACCCGGAGGGCAAGAAGAGCCGCGCGCGCGCGAUGCAGGUCGAGGGCGCUGCGGCGGCGACCAACGGCGGCGGGUUCGUCAGGGUGCCGCGCAAGCCCACCAACCACUCCAAGCCCGGCGUCGGCCACGCGUACAGGGGCCUGGUCGGCAAGGGGGAGGCCGGGUCCGGGAGGGGCAGGCGCAAGUUCAAGCACGACGAGGCCAAGAUGUACCACCUCGAGAUCCAGGGCGCCGAGGACGCCGCCGCCGAUGCGUAUGACCUGGACGCGUGAACGCGGAUGCGUUUCCUGGAAGCAGAGGAGGAGGAGAGAGGUGCACCGUGUGCGGGCGUGCACUUCGGUGUUAGGGGACUGAGGCGGCUUUGUGAUUUUAUCUUGGUCUCUGUUGUUGUUUCGUUUAUGGCCGGACUUACUGUCAGAAUGUCAGGUGACGACUAUGCAUGAUGUCAGGUGACGACUAUGCAUGCAUGGGUUGUACUACUACAAAUGUUUCAGACCUCGAUGAUGUUGUUAAAACUUCAAAUUUCUUGCGA